AUGGAGAUCAUGUACGUCAUCAGGGUGCACUCUGCAGAGGAGAUAGAUGAUGCGAUGGUACUGUUAUCAGUACUGGCUCAUGUGAAAUUGGAGGUGACUUCUCCACAUACUAUCGUACUCAAACUCGAAGGAGACAAUCGACUCCGGAAGAAGACCAUUGAAGAGAAACUCGGGAGCCUACGUUCGUCCGUGAGAUGGUACGCAGACGACGCGGACAUCGAAAAAUGUAUCAAGACAGAGGAAGUCCGAGCUAAAUAUAAUGUUGUCUGGUAA